AUGCAAAUCCAUUCAACACCUGUUAUAUUUAAUUUACAGCUUCUUGAUGCCUGCAUCAAUAAUUGUGGCCGCAAAUUCCUCCUAGAAGUAGCUAGUCGUGACUUUGAGCAAGAACUGAGAAAACAUUUGACAAGUGCAAGGACUCACCAUAAAGUAUCUGAAAGAUUGAGAGAGAGCCUAAAGAAAUGGGCAGAAGGAGAUUUCAAAGGUGAUCCACAGCUAAGCCUCAUCCCAGCAUUAUACACAAAGCUCAAGCAAGAAGGUUAUGACUUCAAUGUGCAAUCUGAUUCGCCAAAGAAAACCGCUCCUAAGUACAGUAAUGAUCCCAACGUAGUAAAUAAUAAACAAGAGGAAGAUGACAUAGCAAGAGCCAUUCAAUUAUCACUACAAGAAUCUGGUGGGAACAGUAAUACUGGCUCUUCAUCUUCAGCAAAUCGUUCCUCUUCUACUAGUUUAUAUUCAUCAGCUGCUGCUGCCUUAAAUUCAGAUGCUACAGUCACUAGUAAUAGUUCUCUUUCUUCGCCGGCGAAGGAACCACAAAAAGCAAGAGCACUCUAUGACUUUGAGGCUGCUGAAGACAACGAACUUACUUUUAAGGCUGGAGAAAUAGUUAUUGUUCAGGACAGCAGUGACCCCAAUUGGUGGAAAGGGAACAACCAUAGAGGAGAAGGCCUUUUUCCUGCAAACUUCGUUACUCUUGAUAUAAAUGCUGAAUCAGAACAGCCAAGAACAGAUAGUGGGAAAAGAGUAUCGUUUUCUGAAUGUGUGGAGGUCACAGAAGUGGAGGGAGCUGGUAGUGAGGCAUCCAUAGACCCUGCCGAAAUUACUGGUGAAAUUGACGAAGAUAAAAUUGAUCGUCUUCUACAUGUGCUGCACGAGGCUGACCCAACUGGGGAGCGACCUGACCCACCAGAGCUUGCAGUUCUUGAAGAACAAGUAAAUGCUAUGGCUCCUACAAUCGAUGCUGAACUGGAGCAGAUUGACCGUAAACAUGCACAGCUAGCGAGGAUUAGUACAGAUUUAGUGGAUGCAUUAGGUCUUUAUCAUCAGUUGAUGCGUGACAUGCCACCAUCGAUGGGUGGGUAUUAUGCUAUGCCUAAAAAUCCAGUUGGUCCUCCAGGACAGAUGCCAGUUUAUUCACAGUCUCCAACACCAGGAAUCCCACCUCCACAGAUGUAUGCUAGUGGUGGUGGUCAGUUUAUGCCACCUAUGGGACCUCCCCCUGGUGUGAAUAUGGGCCCCUACCCUAAUAUGCCUCCGUCCUCUAUGCCUGGAGGAGCGCCUGUGCCUCCACAGCCUCAGAUGCCACCAAUGUCAGUCCCUAGUCAGUCGCUUCCAGGGCAACCACUGCCUGGUCCACCGGUACAUCCACCACAGCCACCUCUUGGUCAACCAGGUCCUCCCCCACCAGAAUUCCAACAGGGACCACCUCCAAAUAGUCAUGAUGCCGGAGCUAGUCUGAUGCCCAGUUAUGGAUAUCUACCCUCGAAUAGCCAAUAUGGACCACCGCAAGGUAUCCCUCAGCCUAAUGGUCCACCGGAAGGCCAAGCCAAUGGAUUGCCAAACCCAUUUCCUGCAUACUCACAACCACAAACAGUCCAACAGCCACUAUUAUAAAUAAGGGACAACAAACUAGUUAUAUGUGCAGUUAGUCUUGCAUCAUCAAUUAAGAAUGAGGAAAUUCAUCAGAUUUAUGGAAAAGCUUUCCAUCAGUUGUGCCUGUGAAUAUUCUUGUGUCAGUGAUAUUGUUUUUGAACUGAAGGGAAAUUUAUGGACUAAUGACUAAACAUGUAUGGCUAGCAAUAUUUAUAUGAUCCUGUAUAGAUAUAUCACUCAAGGUAUGUUUUAUUAAGUCCUGAAAAAAACAAAAUAUUGAAAAGGUAAAGCCUUUGUUGGCUAUUAUAGAAGUGUUACAAAGUUUAGUGAAGUACUUUGCAUCAAAAGAAAGUGUAAACUUAAACUUAAUCAGAAGUCAGCAUUGACAAUUUGUCCCAGAAUUUUUGAAGUACUGUAUUGUGAUCAUUCAGUAAAAUAAAAGCUUUUGCAAUAGCUGUUUAUGCUUAAGUUUCAUACUUAUGAUUUCACUAUUCUUGUAGUCAUCAAUUCUAGUGGUUAAGUUAAAAAGGGUGAAACUAGAUUUAAGUUAGUUAUUUUUUAUUACCUUUUAUUUGUAGCAGCCCCCUGUUAGGCAAAUGUUGUAGUCAUAUAUAAGAAUUUUAAAAUCUUGUGGCUGUUGCAAGUUACUGUGGUGUUGAGAGUGUGAGUCAUAGCUCUCUUCAGGUCAGGAGAAGGUUGUACUUUAUCAAUUUACUCUUUUUAAUUUCAUAGUAAUUGUUGGGUUUAUGCCUUAUUUGAUCUACUUUUCAUUUCAGGCAAUACUCUUGUUACUGCAUUACAGAAAAAAACAGAUUUGUAAAACAAUUGUUGAUUAUAACUUUAUGAAAAGAAUUAUAAGUAAGUACAUUAUCAGCUUCUGAAUCACAAAUAUGUGGUUGAAGUUAUUGUCAUGUUUACUAGUUUUGUGUCUUCUUGUUAUAAACUCAGUAUAUACCUUUCAGACAUUAAAAGUAUUAAUAAUGAAAAUUGAGCCUUUGAGAAAAAAAAGAAAAGUAUUAUAAAACUCAACAAAAUUGUGGUGACUGCUGCUUAUUCAUUGUUGAGCCUUUUGUAGUCUAUUAUUGUGUCAGUGAAUGCAAUUUCACCAAAAAAUUACCACUAUUAGCUGUUUAAGUUUGUAAGUAGUUCAACUUAUUAGUUGUGUUUACCCACACAAUAAUAAUCAGUGAUGUGCUGCAUACAAGAAAUGUAAAAACCAGUAUUUUAUAGAAAAGUGAUAACCUUCACAUGCAUAUGGAAUACAUAUACUUUUGCUAAUUUUUGUUGCUUUGUAAAUCAAUAGUGCAAUUUUGAAAGUUUAUGGCAUGGCCAAGAAAUUUUUGUAGUUUUACGUUGGAGCAGAUGCUUUGUCAUGAUAUCUCUGUAGUCUUUUUGGGAAAGUUGUAACAUUUACACACUAAUUUUUCUUCACUAUAGUGGUAUUGCAUUUGCAGAAAUAAUGAAAACUCAGAUUUUAAAACCUUGACAUUCAUCAGCAUUCCACACCCAAUUCCCUUCACUUUCCUUGUUCUUCUGUUAUCCAUUUUUAGAGAUUGUUACUAAAGGAAAGUUCCCACUCUCAUAUGCUACUAAAGGAAAGUUCCCACUCUCAUAUGCUUAUAAACGGCAAGAGCAAGGAUAAGAUAGACAAGGUACAGAAUUAAAUGAUGAUUGAGAUCAAUCUUGGCAAGACAGUUUUUAACUUUUAUGUUCACGAAAGGAGCAUUAGACAACCUAAUUUUUAAGAUUAAAUUUGUCAGCUUAUAAAAGGUAAUUAUAAUUCUAAAUGAGCACCCAUUCAUAUAAAAAAGCUAAUAAGACCAUUAACAUGCUGUGCAGUCUUCAGAUGAGCUCUGUGAAAGCCUGGAAGUUAAAAAGUGAAAACUAAUUACGUAUUAAAAAUUAUAAUGAUGGUGAUGAUGAUGAUAAACCACAGACUGAAGUGUCUUGUAUUGGGGCAAUGUGUCGGAAAAGGAGAGAAAUACUAUAUACAAGUAAAGUAUAAAUAAAAUUGAGGAAGAUAAAAGUGUAAACAUAUAUACGUAAAUAAAGAUAUAUAUAUAGUAUAUAUACAUACACACUACAUACAUACACAUAGUACAUACAUACAUAUACGUAUAUCUAUGUUUAAACAGCAUUAAAAGAAUUUUGCUGGUAGUGAUUUCGUCAAUAAGUACUGAAUUACUUCUAGUGAUUCAUGAUCUUCUGACAUGUAUCUAAUGCGCUGAAUAUUCUAGAAUUUUUUUAUUUAGCUCAAAGUUAUCCAGACCAUAUGAUGUAAUAUUUAAGUAAUAUUUCAAAAAAAGAAUCUUUUCUUUUAAUUUAUUUAACUUAGUUCAUAAAAAAUUAUUGAAAGAUAUGCUCCUUUUCACAAUAUUGAGUUUUUGUAAAGACUUCCUCAUUCAUUGUUAUUUGUUUGAGGGCUGUGGAUUAGUAAAUGCCACAAAGAUGGUCAGCUCUUGCUAUCCUUAAUGUGUUUGAAUUAGAAUACUUAUUGUUUAAAACAACCAUAUUAAAAAAAUUACAAAAUUUGUUCAUAGCUGUUAAGGAGAAUGCUGUCGCAUGGAGAAUCAUAUUUUUUGGAAGACUUAUGAAAUUUUUCGUAAAUGACAUUUAGUGACUGUAUUAUCUCAUGUUUAGUAAAAGGGAAUGCCCUUGAUUACAAUUACUUUAGUCUUUGCUCUUCAUAUAUUAGUUGUGUACAAGUUGCCAUUAAUAGUACAGCGUUCAUUUCCAAGGUUAUGUUUUCAUAGUAAUUUUUAUGAUGUGGGGCGUCCAUGCAAACUGUAAAGGCUACACUCUUCAGGUCAUUCUAAUCCAGGCUUUGGAGUUAAAACUUGACGCUAUCAGUGACAUGACCAUCAGUGACCAUAAUAGAUACCUUUACAUGGCUGCUAAGCAUUUUUGGUAAUACUGUACAUAAUAUGCUUUCCAUCUGUGGUUUGAAGGAACUGCUUAUGUUCAUUAGUGUUAUACAAAUUGAAGAAUUUGCUGAGUUACUUGGGAGUGCAUGUAUGAUUGUAUUUGCAGUGUUAUGUUUUGCAUGGUAUAAUCUCUCCUGUCUUUUUAGUGCUGAUUUUUUUUUUUCUGUGAAUGUUCACUGGGAAAUUAUUACUUUUAGUGAUAUCUCUUACCUUCAUUUGUAGUUUAUGUUCAUAUGUACUUGUUAUUAUAUGUAAAAUAUAUUAAUUAUUUCACAUAUCUAUAUCCUUCAUCUAUGCAAUGUGCAAUCUUCAUAUUUUUUCCCAUACAGUGUUUGGAAGGGUGCAAAUCAUGUGUCUGAUGUUGGUGUAGUUUUACAUGGUCUCCAUUUUUUAACAACAACGAAUAUUAAUUUUUAUGCAUAAGUCAGUCACAAUUUGACAGUAAUUUGACAUCCUUUUUCUGGAGAGGUUUGUGUCUAGUGUGUAUACACUUGUAUGUGAGUGUUCAUUUACUUGUGAAUGUAAUGUAAUGAGGAUGAUAAUAUGCAGCAUAGUUUCAUCCAUUGAUAACGUUUGCACAUGGAAGUAUUGCUGUGUUGUUUGUGUGUAUAUGUAUGUAUGUACAUACACCACAGCAGAAUAAUGGCCUUUAACGUCUGUGGCAGCUGUAGAAUUCAAAACCAAAAGAGGAGUCAUCAGAGGGCUACAGCAUGUGCAUUUUGUAAAUAUACUAGGUGUUAUAUUUAUUUAUUAUUAUGUAUAUAUAGAUUGUAUAGGAACAAGUGACUUGUAUUUCUAGUGAUAUUUCUGGUUCCCUGUUUUUUGUUGUUAAAAGCAAAUAUGAUUUAUGUUAAUUCCCACCAGAAUAUGUAUUAUGCGUUUUGAAGUACUAUGAUUUCACCUGUGUAACAUGUCACCCAUCAGUAGGCUGUAAUGUACCAUAUUCUAAUAUUGCAGUUUUAAGAUUCCCAUUGAUUCAUGAGUCCCCUUUAUUCAUUCAUAUCAUUCCUCAAAUAUUAUUAUUAAUCCUUAAAUCUUUAUAUAUUUUAUCAGCAAUUAGAGUAUAAAGUUAUAAAAUACUGUAUUUCAUGAAAAACUAUUUCUGGAGUCUUUGCAUUAUAGAUCUUUUGAAUAAAUCUGUUCUUUGAAAAGUGGCAGUAUGAAAUCUGUAAUUGAUAGAUUUAUUUGCCAGUAAAUAAAGGUAUUUACAUUU